AACACGAAGGCGAUAGAAAAAGGCUGUAGGAUUUAUUAGUUGUUAAGUAGAAAAUCCACGCCUGCAUCUUGGAGUCCGAGGAAACACGCUGGCUCCGGAGGGAUGGUGAAGCGAAAACACGCGAACUAAAGGGAGAGCUUUUUGAUAGCUAGUCAUAGCCGCUGUCUUUCCUGUCAGAGGCGAAAUGAUUCCUCCGGGUAACGCGACUGAAGUCAGCCUUGAGAGGGUGGAGAACGAAAAUGACAUUCAGCCCCCCUCUCCUGCCUCUACCACCAGCCAGGAAUCAAAGCUCCAGAAAUUGAAACAAUCACUUUCUUUCAAGACCAACAGUUUGAGGAGUAAAAGUGCAGACAACUUUUUUCAACAAACAAAUUGUGGCACGAAGUUGCAAGUAGAUUUGCUAUCAGAAAUCACCUCUAAAAUGGGGCAGCUCCCUAAUUUGGAAAAUCAAAACUCCACUCCAACCAAAACCCAUCUCCAGCCAGAAGACAAGACUCACAUUUUUGAGGAACACAUUUUCAAAAAACCUACUUUCUGUGAUGUUUGCAACCAUAUGAUUGUUGGGACAAAUGCUAAACAUGGAUUACGCUGUAAGGCAUGCAAACUGAGCAUUCACCACAAAUGUGCAGAGAGCACUGGACAGCAACGGUGCAUGGGAAAAUUGCCCAAAGGUUUCCAUCGUUACUACAGCAGUCCCCUUCUCAUUCAGGAGCAGUUUGGCUGCAUCAAAGAAGUAAUGCCAAUUGCCCAGGCAGCAAAAAUCUCAGACAAACCAGCAACUAAAACUGAGAAGUCCGAGUGCAUUCACUCAGCAUGGGGGACAACCAGCAAAUAUCAGGGAGAGGGGGAGCUUAGCAAACUCUCUGAAGACAAGGAAGAAAUACAUAGAGAAAAGGGAAAUAUUUUUGCCAAAUUAGACUUGGCUCAAGCCUAUCAGCAGUUACCUGUGGAUGAAGAAACAGCAGAAGCUCAGACCAUUGGAUCUCUUAAUAAAGAUUCAAUACAGAUGAAUAUAUAUGUGGCCUUGUACAAAUUUCUACCACAGGAGCAUGAAGAUUUGGAAAUGAGGCCCGGAGAUAGAAUUAUACUACUAGAGGAUUCAAAUGAAGAUUGGUGGAAGGGGAAAAUAGAAGAUCGAAUUGGUUUUUUUCCUGCUAAUUUUGUUCAAAGAUUACAAGAUGAAAAAGUUUUCAAAUGUAUCAGAACAUUUAUUGGAUGCAAGGAACAAGGACAGAUAACUCUAAAAGAGAACCAAAUCUGCAUAACUUCAGAAAAGGAACAAGACGGAUUUAUCAAAGUAUGCAGUGGAAAGAAAAAGGGCUUUGUCCCAAUAGAUGUCUUAGAAGACAUCUGAAAUUUGCCCGGUCAGCAAAUGCAGUACAGUAGCAAAGCUUCACCAGCAAGACCUGUUUGCUUCAUUUUGCACUGUGUCUACCCAAACAAGCUGUCCUGGAGAUUACUAGGGCAAUCAGAAGACAACUACAAAGACCAACCACUAUCAAGCAUUUAGUUGCUUUGAAGCAACAAACAGUUGAUCAAUAACGAAGUGUAUUAAUAGAGAAAGAACCAAAUAAAGGUGGUGUAAACCUUAAGGGAGGGGUGGGCUGCUUUUCUAAAAAGACAAGUUAAAAAAUUAAACUUGAUGGUGGGUUUUGUUUUAUUUUGUUUCAUUUUUUUCCUGAGCAAAGCUACUAAUUAUUACCCUUUGGCAACAGGCAAUUGACCUGUAAGGCUGUUUUUCUCUUGUUCAGGUGUCUUAAGAAAACUGAUAGGAACUUUUAGUCAAUGUUGUUUGAUAUGUGUCUCACUAGGAAAGGUUCAGACUUUUUCUCUGAACUGUGAUUUGAUGGUUGAAAUAAGUGAUAUGAAUCUGACCUUUAAAAUAUUGUUCCCCAUUUUAGGGAAUUAGGAUAACAUUUGGUUCUGACUUUUAAUUUUUUUUAUUAAAAGGCAGUUUAAGUGAAACAUGUAGUCAUCAGUUUGGGAAACAAGCUGCUACCCAGUUUAAGCUUUCUGUGGGUUUCUUUUUUGUUGUUCUUAGUUGCAAAGUCAUGUCUAACCCAUCACAACCCCAUGGACAAUGUUCCUCCAGGUCUUCCUGCUCUCAACUAUCCCCUGGAGUCCAUUUAAUCUCAUGCUGGCUGCUUCAGUAGCUCCAACCAGCCACCUAAUUCUCUGCCAUUGUCAGAUCCCUAAAAGUGAUACUACCAUUCAGUUGGGAGAAGGGGUGGGGGGCUUGAAUUCAAUUUAUUACUAUUGCCUGUGACAAUUGCUAUUUUAUAACUUGUAUCCUGGCGCCAAGGCACCCUGAGAUUUUCUCACCUCUUGGGGAAUGUAGUAGGCGGGAGGGCCCUGUGGGUUGUUUCAUUUUGAAAGCCAGCAGAGAUGGCCAUGGGAUUGCCUGCUUAUCUAUUUCUCAGAGCGGCUGGUACAAUAACAUCUUCACACCUGUGAAUUGGCUGAAUCCACAUCUGGCUAAAAAGAGGCAUCUCUACUGCUUUAAUUCUACUUGUCUUGCCUAAGGUUAUUCAGACGUUGCUUUGAAU